ACGGCGGGGCCCGGCCCGGGCAGCGAUGGGGCUCCUUCGGCUGCUGCUUAUCGUGGUGCUGGCUUCGGUAACCCGGGCGGCCGGCGGAGCUGAGAUCGUCGGAAACUCCAGCGAGGGUCUUCUGGAAUUUUCUGUGGGGAAAUUUAGAUACCUGGAGCUCAAGAAGCCCUUUCCAGAGGAAGCUAUUUUGCGUCAUAUUUCCAGCAAUGUCACUUUUGUUAUUUUCCAAAUACACUCACAGUAUCAGAAUACAACAAUUUCUUUUUCUGAGACUCUCCUUCCUAAUGCCUCGGUGACGGGCACUGACAAAGGACUGGUUUCCAUUCUUAGACCAGAGCAGAGUAUGUGCACUUGGCACUUGGAGACAUUAGACCCUGAGCCUGUCCAAAAUGUGGCCAUUCCACUGUCCUACUCGGAAAGCGAUCCUAUCCCUGGUGGCUGUAAUUUGGAGUUUGAUGUAGAUAUCGAUCCAAACAUUUACCUGGAGUAUAAUUUCUUUGAAACAACUAUCAAAUUUGCUCCAGCAAACCUAGGCUAUGCGAGAGGUUCAGAUCCUCCAUCAUGUGACGUCAAGACGGGCCCGGACUCCAGGUGGAGGCUGCAGUAUGAUGUCUAUCAGUAUUUUCUGCCCGAGAACGACCUCACAGAAGAGGUAUUGCUGAGACAUCUGCAGAGGAUGGCCAAGGUGCCUCAGGUGCAGGCCAGUGCUGUCAAGGUGGUCACCCUAACAGCUGACGAUAAGACAAGUGUUUCCUUCUCCUCUCUCCGGGGACAGGGUGUCAUUUACAAUGUCAUCGUUCGGGAUCCAUUUCUAAACACGUCCACAGCUUACGUACCCACUCACACGUACGCUUGUAACUUUGAGGCAGAGGAGGGUAAUUGUUCCUCCCUUGGAAGAGUAUCUACCAAAGUCUUCUUCACUCUUUUUGCCCUGCUUGGCCUCUUCAUCUGUUUCUUUGGACACAGAUUCUGGAAAACAGAACUAUUCUUUAUAGGCUUUAUCUUCGUGGGAUUCUUCUUUUAUAUACUGAUUACAAGACUGACACCUAUUAAGUAUGAUGUCCGCCUGAUUGUGACAGCCGUCGCCGGAAGCAUCGGUGGAAUUUUCUUGGUAGCUGCUUGGUGGCGAUUUGGAGUCCUUACGCUCUGCAUGCUGUGUGUUGGACUGGUGCUGGGCUUCCUCAUCGCGUCAGUGGUUUUCUUCACUCCCCUGGGAAACCUAAAGAUUUUCCGUGUCGACGCAGUAUUCUGGGUGACCUUCUCUUGUAUAGCCAUUUUCAUUCCAGUGGUUUUCAUGGGCUGCUUAAGAAUACUGAACAUACUGAGCUGUGGAUUCAUUGGCUCCUAUUUGGUGGUCUUGGCCGUGGACAGUUACCUGUACACAAGCCUUUCUUACAUCACUUUGAACAUACUCAGGAGAGCACUCCAUGUGGAUUUCCGCAGAGCUUUUGUGAAUGUGCCUUUUCAAACGAACGACUUUAUUGUCCUGGCAGUAUGGGGGAUGCUGGCUGUAAGUGGAAUUACGCUACAGAUUCGAAGAGAAAGAGGGCAGCCGUUUUUCCCUCCCCACCCAUACAAAUUAUGGAAGCGAGAGCGUGAGCGGAGAGUGACGAACAUUCUGGACCCCAGCUACCACAUCCCUCCACUAAGAGAGCGACUCUUCAGCCGAUUAGCCCAGAUCAAAGGGCUCUUCCAGAGGGAACAGCCAGCGGGAGAGAGAACGCCCCUGCUUCUGUAGAUGCCAGAAUGCUUGGUCAGGGCAAUAUAGAAGUACAACCCCCGUACCAUCUCAGGUUCGGUGAUGCUGCCCGGCUGCUUCAGCAGUCUCUGGGACAAGUCUGCUAAGAAACCGGCUCUGCAUCGGUGCUUUGUACAGUACUGUGGUCUCUUUAUUGAAAGAGGGUAAGGGCAUGCCUGGGAGAUGACAAUAAUUCUAAGUGAGAGUGAGAAAGGUGGUCAUAAUGUUGGUGGUAAGGAGGUUUUUCUUUAUUACCAAAUGCUUAAGAAAUUACAUUUUUGAUUUAUAGGUUAUGUGUCAACUUACUCCAUUAAGUAGAUACACUUUUUAAAAAAUUAAAAAUUAAUUGUUGUUCUGUAAAGCUAUGGUGGGUUUUUUGUCUUCUGCUUCUUUUUUUUUUGUAACUUCUUGAACAAUUCUCUCACCUAAGUCUGUCUAAACUUGGGGACCAGGGCACGGAGGGCGGUUUUAUUUAAAUAAAUUUUUAUUUGCCACUGUGUUUGUAGUUUUGGGGAUUUGGUAUCGUACCUUUGAACUUCAGAGUACAAAGUGGGGAGAACUAACUUAUUUUCUGACUACAAGCAAUCUGAUUACUUAGUUGCACAUAAAUAGCAUAUAUUAUCAAAAAUUACCCUUUUGUUUAUCUUUGUGAUAAAAUACAU